AUGGACGACGUCAGCGGCGGUGCACCGGGUGCGUGCCCCAAGAACAAGAAGCCCCGUCACCUGUACCGAUCGCUGACCUACCACCACCACCACCCGUACCAGGGGCGCCACCUGCCGCCUCCUCCGCCGGCGCCGGCGCCCACCCCGCCGCAGCGCCCGCAGUCGGUGGUCCUCUACACGACGUCGCUCCGCGGCGUGCGCCGCACGUUCGCGGACUGCUGCGCGGUGCGCGCCGCGCUGCGGGGGCUCCGCGUCGCCGUGGACGAGCGCGACGUCUCCAUGGACGCCGCGCUCCGGCGGGAGCUCCAGGGCGUCCUCGCCGCCCGGGGCCGCGGGUUCUCGCUCCCGCAGCUCCUGGUCGGGGGCGUGCUCGUCGGCGGCGCCGACGAGGUCCGCAGGCUGCACGAGUCCGGCGAGCUCCGCCGCAUCCUCGAGGGCGCUCCCGGGCAGGACCCGGCCUUCGUCUGCGGUGCCUGCGGCGGGUUCCGGUUCGCGCCCUGCCCCGCCUGCGACGGCUCGCGCAAGGUGUUCGUGGAGGAAGAGGGGCGUGCCCGCCGCUGCAUAGAGUGCAACGAGAAUGGCUUGGUACGCUGCCCCAAUUGCUGUUCUUGA